UUCGUCUCCAGUUCAUAAUUGUGUUCCAGAAAUGCUGUUUGACAGUUUUUCUCCACAACCAGCCUGCAUUUUGGAGCCCGGAUCUGGAUUGUUGUCCCGCGGAGGAGAAGAUACACCUUCAUUGUGACGGAAGGCGAUGUGAUCUCCCCAAAUCAUUUGGAUACACAGAUUUCGGAUUUCACGGAUCUUUUAUUAGAGCAUCCAAUCGAAAGACCGAGGCGGGAGGCAGACUGAAACAAGAGUGCAUUUCUCUGGCGUUGGACUGGGAUUCGGUCCAGACGAUGCUGCACUGUGCCAGCUGUGAAAAGCCUAUUCUCGAUAGGUUCCUGCUCAAAGUUUUGGACAGACCGUGGCACAUCAAGUGUGUCCAGUGCUGCGAGUGCAAAUGUAGUUUGACUGAGAAGUGCUUUUCACGGGAUGGGAGGCUGUAUUGUAAAAAUGACUUUUUUAGGAGAUUUGGGACCAAGUGUGGAGGUUGCGCUCAGGGGAUUUUACCCAGCGACCUGGUGCGCAGAGCCAAGAGCAAAGUGUUUCACCUGAACUGUUUCACCUGCAUGAUGUGUAACAAGCAGCUGUCCACCGGAGAGGAACUGUACAUCCUGGACGAGUUCAAGUUUGUCUGUAAAGAGGACUAUCAAAACAACAACGGGAAAGACACAAUCCUCCUCUCAGUCACGACGUGCAGCGAGCCAAGCCUGUCUCCGGACUCCCAGGACCCGCAGGACGACGGAAAGGACUCUGAAAACGGACAUUUAUCAGAUAAAGACGCGUGCAGCAACGAGAACGACGAGCAGAGCGCGGUGGGGAAGCGGCGCGGGCCUCGGACCACCAUCAAAGCCAAGCAGCUGGAGACCCUGAAAGCGGCUUUCGCGGCCACGCCGAAGCCCACCAGACACAUCCGGGAGCAGCUGUCACGGGAGACCGGCCUCAACAUGAGAGUCAUCCAGGUUUGGUUCCAAAAUCGGAGAUCCAAAGAAAGACGCAUGAAGCAGCUGAGCGCUCUGGGCGCGCGGAGACACGUGUUCUUCCGCGGCCCGAGGAGGAUGAGAGCUCUGGGAGAGAGACUGGAGCCCGGAGAGCUGGGACACUUCUCCUAUUAUGGAGAUUAUCCUGGUGAAUACUACGGCUCAGGAGGGAAUUAUGAGUACUACCAAGGCCCUCCGCCGCCCCAGGCCCAGACCCCGGCAGACCUGGGCUUUGUUCCUUCCACCGUCCCCGCCGGCACCCCGUUAGGAGCCAUGGAGCACCACCACCAUCCGGGCCACCACUGUCCCGGGGAGAUGCAGUGCUUCUCCGACCCGGUGUCCCACCACCCCGCGGACUCGCCCAGUCCCGAGCCGGGCGGGCCGGGCUCCAUCCACAGCAUCUCCAGCGAAAUGUGUGGCCCCAGCACACCUUUCACCAGCGUGUCUCUCAGUGACAACGGAUACACCAACCAGCUGUCACAGCCCUCCUCAGAGAUGAGUGAAGGCACCGUCUGGUGAUUCAGCACACUGGAUUGUGAAGGCAAAGUUAUGCUUUUUAUUUAUUUAUUUAUUUAUUUAUUUAUUUAUUUAUUUAACUAUCUAUGAAUCUCUAUAUUUGUAUGUCUGACCACUCACUCAUUAAGACAGUGUGAAUCCGACUCAUUUCCAUUAUAUUCUCAGUACUGGGCCUCAAUGAUCAAGCAAUAAAAUAAUGCAUAAAACUCUAAUUGGGUUUCUUUUCUUUUCUUUUUUUUUUAUAAAACCACAUUUGCCACAU